AUGGCAGCAAUGCAGCCUGCAGCUCAGCUCCAGUUCCAGAACCUCAUGUCACCAAGCAGGCCAUGCCUCCCUCAGCCUACCCCCAUUCACCAAGAGAAAGUGGCCAAGCUACGUCCUCAGAUCCAGAAUGAUUCCUAUCCGCCCAAGGAGCUGACAGUGUUAGCGUCACAGGAAGUGCCCCGCCUGCGGGCGGUGGUGGAGAGCCAGGCCUUCAGGAACAUCCUGGUAGAUGAGAUGGACAUGAUGGUCUCACGGGCAGCCACUGUCAUCCAAGCCAACUGGAAGGGCUACCGGCUGCGGCAGAAACUCAUCUCCCAGAUGACAGCAGCCAAGGCCAUCCAGGAGGCCUGGCGACGCUUCAGCACUCGCAGGCUGAUGCACUCCAACAAGCUGACGGCUAAGAAAGCUAAGAGGGAGGAUGAUGGGGACAUCCCUUACCACCAGCCACAGCAGGUGCGCUUUCAUGCCCCAGAGGACCAGUCACCACUCAUGGUGACUAAAGAGACUCAGUUCCCAUCAUCUGACAACCUGGUCUCCUCACAAGCCACAGCAGGCCCCUGUGCUAGCAGAGUCCCCAGAGGUGGCCUCGACAGAUACACAGGUCCCAAGCAUCAGCCCUGCAUGUUGACCAAGACUUUUCAGAGCUCUUGUCUCAUGAGACACUUGGAGGGGGACAGUGUGAAGAUCAGGCAUGUGGCUUCCAAGACCAUCAAAAUGGGGACCCUAGAGCCAGCAGCAAUAGGGAGAUAUGGCCAGGCCAUUCCUGGAUCCCUGAAGACCCAGACCCAGACCCACACAGAAGCAGAUGUUCCCAAGGUCCCACUGCAUAUAUAUCAAGUCAGCAAGGUCCCUACCAAGGUGUGUCCAGCGGCUGCUGGCCCCAAAUCCCCAGCCACAAUGUCUACAGCACCAAAGAGUGCACCACAGACACGUCCCUCAUCCCCAGCGACAGUCACGGCAGUCACGGCAGUCACGAAGAUGCCAGCUCCAACCAGCCCAGCCUCUCCGAUGAUCAGGCCCUUGGUUCCUGUGCCACCCAACUCUUCACUCUCUAGUACUACACCGCAGAUGCAGGUGCGUUCCAUGGUCCCUGGGGUCAGGGCACAGCCCCCAGUGUCUGCUGUGUCCCCUACAAUCAAGGCCUUACCACGCUUAGGAACUUUUGUCACUAAGGCCCCACUGCAAACUGGCCCUGGGUUCGCAGUGACAAAGAACUUAAUUCAGACGCGCCCGGUGACCAGAGGCCAAGCUCAGACAUGCGCAGUGUCCACUUCAUCCAAAACCUGCCAGUCAAGCCCCACGGUCAAGCCUUCACCCCAGACACGCCUGGCAGCCAUGAUAACCAAGACCCCAGCUCAGUUACGAUCCGUAGCUGCUGUCUUCCGGACCCUGUGUGGUGGCUCAACUGAGGCGUCAGUACCCUCAAGUCCCAAGAGUUCAUCUCAAAGUCCGGUGAUUGCCGGUAACACUGCAUCCCAGGUCCACUUAACUAACCCAAAGGCCAAGGUCACCGUGAGCACCAAGCAGACCCCCGCCGUUGUCAAGGUGGCCUCUCAGUCGUACUUGGCCGAAGGGAAGGGCAGGUGCGGGCCCCAGGGAAAUCUAGACAUCAUAGUUCCUAAGCCUCCUCCAGCCAAGUCUCCACUGGAAGUAGAAAGGAUGAAGCCUUGUCCUGCAAGGGCCCCCAAGAAGGAAGCAGCUCUCAAGACUAACACAACCAUUGCAACCAGGGCUCUGUCUUGGACAAAAGUGAUGGAAGACAGGAGUAAGGCCCUGACUCAGAUCGAGCAGAGGGCAGAGAUUGUUAAGGUUCACUUCAGGGUGUACAUGCCUGAGGAGAUAACUGUGACCCUGUCCCAGGCCCAGCUGGCUGUGCCCCUGACCAAGACCUGCCCCCAAACCCGGCCAUCCCCCUGCCAUGCCCGAACUCUGUCGGCCUCACCCUGCUGUAAAGCUCUGUCCCAGUCUUGCACACCAUCCAGGCUGGCCCCAGGCACACCUGAAGGACGGCGUCCACCUGUAGGUCUCUCUGCCUCCCUAUCCUCCUCGCCACUGGCUGCACACCUGAUGUCCCUCACAGCCCAGCUCCAACCUGCCGGUGAACAGGCCAGAUCUGUGUCUCGAGAUCAUCCGACCACGUCACGUCCAACCUCGGCUUGCCCGCAGUCACGCUCCUCUGGGAUGACCUCAGUCCCUCCUGAGGUAUACCCACACACAUAUUCACACAUCUCUGCUCCCCAGCACCCCAUGGCCUCUAUCCUGACAAAAAACUCGCCUCAGCUGCGUCCACCUGCUGAGCAUGUCAAGACCAUGAACGCUAAAACCGCCAAGGCAGCAUGCCAGGUCUGUCCAUCCGCUAAGCUUAACAAGGCCCCGUCCCUGGCCCAGCUCAUUACGUGUCUGGCUAAGGUUCCAUCCCAGGCCCAGAUAGCCACGGAAACAGCCAAGUGCCUCUUGACUGCCCACCCUCCCACUGACCUUAGUAGCAAGACCCAGUCGCAGACAUUCCUGAGCACUUCCAAGGCAUCUGUCCAGUUGUGGCAACAUUUGGGGACACUUAGCACCGGACCCCGUGCCAAGCCAGAUGACAGGAGUGUAGCCCAGCCCCAGCCCCAUAGCCAUGCACCAAACAAGACCGUGCAGAACUCUCGUUCAGUGGCCACAGAUCCCCAAGGCAUGCUGGUACCUCUGAUGACACCCAGUGGACACCCUGUGUGCAAUGCAGAAUCCUGGGGUGACAGUGGACGGCCACGGACCCCACCUCCAUCCCCUAUGCCCAACCAGGCAGUGUCAUGCCACGAAGACCUGGCAGCAUCCAUCGCAUCUCUAUGUGCAGACUUGGUGGCCAUGCUGGGCUCCCCUGAGGACCUGCGGGCACUCCUGGUCAAGACACUUUCUCAGGGGGAAGUAAGGGCAGCAUUGAGCCAGGCCCUGUCCCGGGAGGUCCUGGGACCGUCUGUGGUCAAGGCCAUGCCUCAAGGCAUGCUGGGAAUGGCACUGAUGAAGGCAUUGUCAUGGGGUGAAUUGGGCAUCUCCCUGUCCCGGGCCCUGUCUCGUGGUGAGCUGCGUCCAGAACUCAGCAAGGCCACACAGGGAAAGCUGGCCGAGGUCCUGUGCAAAGCCUUGACAGAAGACGAGAGGGCCACACUCAGCCAGGCACUGUGCCAGGGUGAGCUGGGUGCUGUCUUCACUCAGUCCUUGGCCCAAAUGGCCCAGAGGACAGGUGCCUUCCUCCCUAAGGCCACCUCAAAAACAGUGGGGAGUCGGAUGACCACAGCGCCUGCCCCAAUGGAGGUGACUUGCAGCGGGAGUCUGUCGGUGGCGUGGGGACCUACGAUGGGUCCUGUAGGAGCACGGUGUAGCAAGGGCCCUGUGGAUGCCGGCCUGGCUGCUGGCCAGUCAUGGAAUUCCAAAGUCCCCAACGUAUCGGUCAGAGCCACAGCACAUGCUGGGGCACCUCCAGGCAUAUGGCCCAGCAGGGGCCACAAGCCAUGGGACCCCUCUGGUGCAGAGGCAGCGCUGGACCGCAAGCCUUCAGCUGAGCUGCUGAUGUCAGUACAGGCUAUGGAGAAAGUUGUCGUCCAGGCCGUUGUCACCAUCCAAGCUUGCACUCGUGGCUACCUGGUGCGCCGUACCGUGAAAGUGUGGCAUCAAUGGGCCACCAUCAUCCAAGCUACGUGGCGUGGUUACCGUGUACGUCGGAAUCUGGAAAGGCUGUUCAGAGCCACCACCGUCAUCCAGGCUGCCUGGCGUGGCUAUUCCAUUCGCCGGGCCCGGACUCGCCAUAUCCUGCUUCCUACUGCGUGGCCAGAGCACGGUGGCAGAACCCAGGGAAACUUGGACAGCAGAAGCAGCUCCGAGCACCGAUGCUUCCUAUCCUGUCAGCCAGACGUCUGCAGUGUCUGCCAAUCCCUGGGUCCCCCAGUAGAGAGUCCACCCAGCGUUGUGAUGCUUGUGGGGUCCCAGCCACGCACUUGUCACGUGUGUGGCCACACGCUGUCCACGCGCGUGGUGCAGGGCUUUGGCCAGGGCGCCUCAGUCCACUCCGUCUCUCGAUGGACCUCAGCAUCCCAGCAGAGCACUCUUAGCCAGCAGCACAGAGCAUGCACCAUCAUCCAGGCAGCCUGGAAGGGCUACAGGACCCGCCGGCAGCUCCGUCAGCAGCAGUCUGCAGCCAAGAUGGUUCAGGCCAUGUGGAGGGGACAUUAUACUCGAAGCUGCCUCACCACGGAUGCACUCCUGGGAACAGGAGGCCCGUGGAGCAUCUCCAGGGACAUUUCACGCCGUACCUCAAGGGCUUACUCUUUGCAUUGGCCUGGCGUCUAG